AUGCCUAUCCCCGUCCCAACCACCACUUCCCUCCACGACCUCUUCAGCCUCAAAGGCAAAGUCGUCAUCGUGACUGGUGCCUCCGGUGCCACUGGCAUCGGCACUGAGGCCGCACGAGGCUGCGCCGAAAUGGGUGCCGACGUCGCCAUCACCUACUCUUCCCGCCCUGCUGGCGGUGAGAAAAACGCCAAGGAACUCACCGAAAAAUACGGUGUCAAGUCCAAGGCCUACAAGUGCAAUGUUGGCUCUUACAAAGAGGUGGAACAACUCGUCGCCGACGUCGUCAAGGACUUCGGUAAGGUCGAUGUCUUCAUCGCCAACGCCGGUCGCACCGCCGACAGCGGUAUUCUAGACGCUCCUGUCGAGAAGUGGGAGGAAGUCAUUCAGACCGAUCUGACCGGCGUCUAUCACUGCGCUCGUGCCGUUGGUCUUCACUUCCGUGAGCGAAAGACUGGCAGCUUUAUCAUCACCGCUUCCAUGUCUGGCCACAUUGCCAAUUUCCCACAAGAACAGACAUCCUAUAACGUCGCCAAAGCAGGCUGCAUCCACAUGGCUCGCUCCCUCGCCAAUGAAUGGCGUGAUUUCGCUCGUGUCAACUCCAUCUCUCCUGGCUAUAUUGACACUGGCCUGUCGGACUUCGUUCCCCAAGACAUUCAGAAUCUAUGGCACUCGAUGAUUCCCAUGGGCCGUGACGCCAAAGCCACUGAGCUCAAGGGCGCCUACGUCUACCUCGCCAGCGAUGCUAGUUCUUACACCACCGGUGCCGAUAUCAUUAUUGACGGUGGAUAUACCGCUCGAUAA